CCUUUACCAGUUACUACAGAAUCUUGAUCUGUUUGCUAAUCCUAUCAUCAGCUCCAUAGCAUUGCUUGAUUUUCACAGAGGGCUAGAGAUACCUCUUAAAAGAUGCUUGUGUCUGCUCUUCUAACGUCUGUGGGAAUCAAUUUCGGGCUUUGUGUAUUAUUCUUCAUAUUGUAUUCAAUAUUGAGGAAACAGCCAAGCAAUUAUGAAGUUUAUAUUCCACGACUGGUGGCUGAUGGAAGUUCUAAGCGGAGAAGUCAUUUCAACUUAGAAAGACUGAUACCAUCUCCUGGUUGGGUAAAAAGAGCAUGGAACGUCACUGAAGAUGAUCUGUUGUCAGCCUCAGGCUUAGAUGUUGUGGUCUUUAUGCGUGUCAUAACCUUUAGUUUAAAGGUAUUUUUGUUCACUGCAAUUAUCGGGAUUUUUGUCCUCCUUCCAAUUAACUUCACUGGCGGUGAGCUUUCAGAGAUCGACUUGGAGGAUUUGUCAAGUUAUUCUUUGGAUGUCUUUACCAUUUCAAAUGUAAAAAGUGGCUCCAAAUGGAAACCUAAGUGGAUGUGGUUAUGGGCUCACUUCUGUGCUGUAUAUCUUGUCACUGCAUUUGUUUGCAUUCUACUUUAUAAUGAAUACAAAUAUAUAUGCUUAAAAAGGAUUGCUUAUUUUCAUUCAUCCAAACCUCAGCCUCAUCAGUUCACUGUCUUAGUUCGCAGUGUUCCUGUUUCUUCUGGAAGCAGUGUUGGUGAGAGUGUUGAAAGAUUUUUUACUGAGUAUCAUCCUAGUACAUAUCUGUCGCAGAUGGUUGUUCAUCGAACCAAUAAACUUCGAAGUCUCAUUAAUGAUGCAAAGAAAUUAUAUAAAAGGAUUAUUCAUUUACAAUCUGAUCCUAAUAAACAAAAGAAUACACGUAUUGGACUAUUCGGGCAGAAGGUUGAUCUCAUGGAUCAGUUCGAAAAGAAGUUGGAGGACAUAGAGGAGAAUGUGAGAUUAGAGCAAUCAGAGGUUUCAAUGGCAGAGGAAGUCCGAGCUGCAUUUGUUUCAUUUAAGACCCGAUAUGGUGCUGCUAUUGCUUUCCACAUGCAACAAUCAACAAAUCCUACACAAUGGGUCAUAGAACAAGCUCCUGAGCCUAAGGAUGUCUAUUGGCCUUUCUUUUCGUCAUCUUUCAUGAGGAGAUGGAUUUCUAAGCUUGUGGUUAUAGUCGCCUGUAUUCUUCUCACAAUUUUAUUCCUUAUUCCAGUGGUGCUGGUGCAAGGUCUUACUAACCUAAGUCAGCUGGAAAUUUGGUUUCCAUUCUUGAAAAGCUUUCUAACCAUAACUUUUGUCAGUUCAGUAGUUACAGGCUACCUUCCCAGCCUUAUUCUUCUGUUGUUCCUUAAGAUUGUGCCUCCAAUAAUGGAAUUUCUUUCCUCCAUUCAAGGGUACAUAUGUCAUAGUGAUAUAGAAAAGAGUGCAUGUAACAAAGUGCUGUGGUUCACAAUAUGGAACAUCUUUUUUGCAACUGUAUUUUCUGGAUCAGUUCUGUAUCAGGUGUCCAUCCUUCUUGAUCCAAAGAAUAUCCCUUCAAAGCUAGCUGUUGCAGUUCCUGCACAGGCAUCAUUUUUUGUUGCUUAUGUUGUAACAUCUGGAUGGACAAGCACUGCAUCAGAACUCUUCCGCAUAAUUCCUCUUUUUUGCAGUCUGAUAAGAAGACCUUUUAGUAAGGACACAGAUGAUGAUUUUGAAGUUCCAUCUAUUCCUUUUCAUAGGGAUAUUCCAAGAAUUCUCUUUUUUGCACUUCUUGGUAUUACAUAUUUCUUCCUAGCUCCCUUGAUCUUGCCCUUCCUUUUGAUCUACCUCUGUCUUGCGUACGUCAUCUUUCGUAACCAGUUCAUAAACGUUUAUGCACCUAGGUAUGAAACUGCAGGGAAGUUUUGGCCGAUAGUUCACAAUUCAAUGAUAUUCUCUUUGGUGCUCAUGCAAGCUAUUGCUGUUGGAAUUUUCACAUUGAAGAAGCUGUCUGUAGCAUCAACUUUGAUUUUUCCACUUGUUGUACUUACACUUCUUUUUAAUGAAUACUGCCGGAAACGGUUCCUGCCCAAUUUUAUUGCCUACCCUGCAGAGGUGUUGAUAAAAAGAGACAGGGAAGACCAAAAUGAUCGUACUAUGGGCGAAUUUUAUGAUAAACUGGUUACUGCAUAUCAGGACCCAGCUAUGCUGCCAAUUCACUUCUCUGACAAUGGAGAGAGUCUUAAUAGCCCACUUAUAUCUUCUACAGUUUGAGACAGGUCAAGACCAGAACUACGGAGCAGAGGAUUGGAAGCUGGUAAGGUGCAAAACAGGCACUCGCAAAAACAUAGUUUCAUCUUAUUCCUGAACAUCCCUUCUUAGGGCUCGUUCUCCUCAAAAGUAAUAAUCUUCACAGCUUGGUCUUGAAACCUGAUUGCUCCAGCCAGAACAGUUGAAACACAAGAUAAUUGGGACUUCUACAUGCUUUUCAGUUUAAAACUCUCAUUUACACAAUUUGAAUUAGGAUCUCUUCCUGGUUUGAGCUUCAGUUUAGAAAAAGCAAUGGUACUUGGUAAUAGUUGCAGUAUAGUCAGUAACACUAACAUGGAUGAUAGAGCAGGUUUUACAGUAACAAAGCUUCAACUACUGUGGUGGAAUACAAGUUUUGUAGCCUUUAUGGGUAAACUGAAAACCGAAGUGCGAUAUUUGUUCAGUAUAUGCGUUUUUGGGUGUGCAUUUAGAAACCAUUUUACUUUGCAGAUUGUUAUGUUUGGAGUUAAACACCAUUUCAGUAGCAUGUCAGUGUUUGUCUUUAAUAAAACUAAAUUGGCUUUCCUUAGGGGUUUGAAUUUCUUUGUUGUGUUUGUGGGUCACAUUGUGCUAUUUGGGGUUUGCAUCAUCUUGGGAUCAAAGCACUAGGUUCUAAAUCAAGUUGCUUAAUUUAAUUAUUAGUUUCUUUUUCUUUUUCUUCUUUCUUGUCCGUAACCCCUGUUCUUUGCUCCUUUAAAUCUGCAACCUUUGUCUUGAUUAGUUUGUGUUGUUUAUUCUAAAAUCUCAAAUAAGGAGAUAGAGAUUUU